UCAUUUAGAUACCUAUAAAUAAGACUUAUUAGAUUUUCCAUGUAAAACAUGUUCCCAUAAAGGCGAAAAUUGGAUAUGUUUAACAUGUUUACAUAUAUAUUGUUCUAGAUAUAUAAAAGGAGAUAUGGCAAUGCAUUUCGAAGAAUCCAAACACAGUAUUGUUUUUUCAUUUAGUGAUGGCAGUUUUUGGUGUUAUAAAUGUGAUACUUAUAUAACAAAUAUUUAAUUAAAGUGUUUUACUUUAAAAUUUUCUUAAAUAAAACACAAUGAGGAUUUUUCUAAAGAUGAAAUUUAAAAUAUAAAAAAAUAACUCGAUAAAUUUAAAAUAGAUGAAAAAACUAAAAAAUUUUCAAGGUAAAAAUUAGUAGAAGGCUUUUAAAAAAAAACUUUCAAAAAUGUAGUUUUCCUUACAGGAGCUGGAAUUAGUGUUUCGGCAGGAAUUCCUGAUUUUAGGACUCCUGGAACCGGUUUAUAUUCAUAAUUAGAGAAAUAUAAUUUUCCUUACCCAGAAGCAGUAUUUACGUUAGCCUAUUUUAGAAAAAAUCCACUGCCUUUUUACAAAUUAGCGAAGGAGUUCUUAUAAUGUAGGGCCCAUUUUACCAUUAAUCAUUAUUUUAUGGCUAAAGUGUAUCAAUAAGGGGCUCUUUUGGCUAAUUUUACACAAAAUAUAGACGGUUUGGAAAUAGAAGCCGGUAUUGCUAAAGAAAAAAUAAUUUAAGCACACGGACAUUUUCGAAGUGCAAGAUGUAUAGAUUGUAGUGAAAAGGUAGAGAUCGAAAAAUUAUAUUUGGAAAUUGAAAAAGAAGAAAUUUUAAAGUGUGAAAAAUGUAAUGGAUUAAUAAAACCUGAUAUUGUGUUUUUUGGUGAAUAAUUACCUUAGGAAUUUAUUUAGAAAGUUAAAUUGCUUAAAUAGGCUGAUUUAGUUAUUAUUAUGGGAACGUCACUUGUAGUUUAACCUUUUUCUUCUUUAGUUGAAUUUAUCGAUUCUAAAGUACCUUUAGUGCUUAUUAAUAGGGAAAAUAAUGUUGUUAAAGAUAAUAAUGAUAGUUUUUUGUUUAUUGAAGGCGAUUUAGAUAAUAAUGUGAGGCUUUUAUUGAAAGAUAUUGGAUGGGAGUGUCCAGAUAUUGAUGUAAAAUAACCUUUAUAGGCUUAAUUUGUGAAAAAUGAUAAAAAUGAGGAUAUUAAACAAUAAAAUUCUGAUAGUUGA